CCACUCUGUUGGAAUUGCUUCCAUGCUAGCCUCGGCAAGACUGUCCGGAAAGCCGUGCGAUUGAAGGGCCUAGUACAGCCAGGGGACAGGAUUCUUGUGGCAGUCUCUGGAGGUUUUGCAUCCACAGCUCUCAUGCAUCUCUUGACGAUGAUGUGCAAUGCAGACUCAAGUCGAGAGAAGCAGGGGCAGAUUGCGUUUCAGAUGGGCGCUGUGUAUGUGGACGAGAGCCUGACCCAUGGCGCCAGCUCAGAGGACAGCUGCAGAGCUGUGGAGGCCGUGUCAGCCUUGCACAGGGCCGUUGCGCCAGACAUGCCCUUGCACUGUGUGCAACUGGAGGAUGUGUUUGACGGGGAAGAAGUGGCUGUGGACAAGGGGAGCCUCCUGGUCAGGCUGCUGGAGGCAGUGGAGGAUGUGACUGGCCGCGAGGACCUUAUAGAGUCAUUGCGCAAUGCCCUGCUGCUGCGUGUGGCCGCCAGGCUGGGCUACAACAAGCUGGCCCGCGGGGACUGCGCCACAAGGGUGGCCGUCCGCACCAUUGCCAGCGCAGCCAAGGGCGCUGGAUUCUCUCUGCCAGCCUCCAUCCAGCACUUUGACGCCAGGGGAGGGGAGGAGGGGCCAGCGGUGAUAUGCCCAGUACGCAAUCUGCCCAUGAAGGACCUGGCCAUGCUCUGCCACCAUCUGAGCUUGCCGCCGGUGCAGCCGCCACGGCCGCCGCAGCGCGCGCGCAGGAAGCCCUCCCUCAACACCCUCGCCGAGGGGUUUGUGGCCAGCCUGCAAUCUGCCCUGCCUUCCACCGUGCCAACCAUCCUGCGCACAGCCCUGAAGCUCCAGGCGUUUCCCUGGAAUCAUCCCAGCGCUGUGCCGAGCAGAGGGAAAGAGGAAAAGAGCGUUGCCCCUGCGCAUGCAGCCUCCGUCCCCCUGUGCAGACUCUGCAGUGCACCUCUGUCGCCUGCAGAGGUUGCCCAGCAAGGAAGUUGUGCCACACCUGGGAGGGAAGCCAAAAUGGAUGCUGGAAGCGGUGAAGAGCAGAUCAGUGCUACAAGAGAAGGGGAGCACUUGACAGCAGAGAGUUCUUCGGAGCCAAGUGCAGAUCAACGCACGAAGGGAGUUCUGCAUGCAAAGUCAGCAAAUGGAAAUAUCGGCUCUGUCUGCCUGAAUGAUCAUCGUGAAAGUUCUGGGCAACGCAUGCAGAAUGGAGGGAAUGCAGCUGCUGGGCACACUUCACAUGCUGCACAGCAGGGUCCUCUGACAGAUUACUGUUUUGUAUGUCAGCAGGGAAGCCUGUUCUCUGUGCAAGGCAGUGAGCCUGUCUUGAAGCUUUUGCCUGUUUAUAUGAAGACAGCGUUGAGAACAGAGGGGUGAGAUUGUGAGGACGAGAUGUAUGCAAGAGUGUACCAAUCUCUGGUUCAAAACAUGGUCUUACUGUAACUUGUUUGUGAG